AUGUAUUACAAUGAUUUGAUCAUUCGACGUCGAAAGACAGAACCUAAAUCCGUACAUGUUUUAAGAGCAUGUAUUAAAAUUUUACUAAUAGCUUUCCUUUUAGCAUAUACUACUGUUCUGAUUAAAGAAGUGAUUGAUAGUGACCCAGUUAUACAGAUUUCAGAAGAAGAUAACACCGAAAUGCCAUUUCCUGACAUGUUAUUUUACGCCGAUUAUCCAUUCAAUUUGGAAUGUCGGUUUAGAAGUGAAAUUGGUGCAACAGCAGAUUAUAGCUGCAAUAAUUCUUUAAUUCAACCACAACUAGUGAGCAAUGUUUAUCUUGGAUAUUUUUUUAAUAAUAAUCAUUUAAAAUUUACAGCAGAUGUAAGAUAUGCCACUUCACAUAUAGAAAUAUAUAGCUUUUCUAAUACAUCUGUUGAUUAUAAAGAAUAUAAUCCUAUCAAAUCUAAAGAGGGUACAUUUGAUUUGAACGUACCUAUUGUUGGUCAUGUUAGAGACUUAAUCUUGCAUAAUUCGUAUGCUAUGAUGAUAAACAUGUAUUCAUUAUUAAAAUUAUCUAGACGUAAAAAACAAAAAAUGAGGAAAGAAAUUAGAAGUAUACUUGGAUUACCAUCUUAUGAUGAACAACCUUUUAUUGUAUCUGAUUUGCAGAGCAUGCCUUUACUUGAUGAAGAUCGUGAUAGACCCGAAGUAUAUUUUAGUAAAUUUGUUUUAACCGUAGCAACUUUCCAAAUACAAGUAGAAACUGAACGAAGAAUACGUACUUUACUUGGUGUGUUUGGUAUCGUUGGCGGUGCUAGUAGUAUAGCCAUGGCAUUAUAUACGUUUCUAUUUGGUGCAAAUUUGUUUCGUCCUUGGGGUUAUACACAAGCUUAUUGUUGUGGGUUAAGCUAUAGGACAUAUAACAAACUUAAAAAUUCUUUUCCAGUACUUCCGUUAGUCAAUUCUUCUUCCUUAAUGACGAAGCCAAAUCCUUCCCUUCAAGAUAUUAAAGAAUUACAAGAUCGCUUGAAUUCUCUUGAAAUGUUUUUAAAGGAAUAUGUUAUAGAUGUAAAUUAUUUGGAAAAAUCUGAGAAAAUGGAUCUAAAAGUAGAGGAUGAUGAUAAAGAAUAUAAUCUUAAUAAUCAUAAUCAAACCUCAUUAGAUUGA